CCAAAAUGGCUCAGCUUCUCACAAAUUCCAUAUUCCACUUAGGAGUGAAGGACAACAAAACAGUAACGACAAAAAGGACCCCCCCCAACGCUUUGUCGACAACGUAGCCAUGAACAAGUCCAAAAACAACACUAACUUUAAUUAAAACCCCCAAAUGUAUUUUUCUCUCUGUGAUAGAAACAGAGGAAAACUGAAAAACAGAGGGAACCCAGAAAGUGUAGUCUCUCUGUGUGCACUGAGAGAGAUUCAAAAAGCAAUCUUUGGAAUUCUCAUGGGGAUGCAUGUGGGUUCUUUAUCAAUUGCGUAACCCAGUAAGGCUUUUGGCUGUUCUUGUUUUAGUUAGCUAGUUCUAGUUCUGGUAUGCUCAAGCUGCUUCUUUUUGUCUUCACUGUUCCUCUCUUUUUUUUUUUUGACUUAUCAGAUCCUUUUCUUUGUGAAACCUGAACUAAGAUUGGUGAAUUUUUUUUUUUUUUUUUCCCUUUGGAGCUUGUCUAGUGAGGAUUACAUUUAUGAUAUUUUUUCUUUGAUUUGUGUUCCACUUGUUGUUUAAUCUAAGCCUUCCACUUGUUUUCCCUUUCUUGUUUGUUUGAUCUAUUUAAUUUGGUAGAUUCUUUACUCUCUUAGACUUUUAAAUAAGCACUCAUAGUGCUGUGAUUCUGCAUUCUUUUGCUUGUGAAUGCUGAGAUGAGACUAAACUUUAUUCUCUGAUUAUGAUUCAUGCAAAUUUGGUUCUUGCACGAGCAAUAUGAUGUCUCCUUGUAAAGACUUCAUCAUAUAGAUCAAUUUGCGAAUUUAGUUUGGUUCUCUUUUUGUUACCAUUAUAGUCUGUCCUUGUUCCCCAGUUUCUCAAUCUGUUGUGUUAGUUGUAUGGCACCAAUGCUUCAAGAUGAAGGGUCUUCUUCUGUAACUUCAUCACCACUCCAAUUAUUUUCCAUGAUGUCUCUUUCACCCAAUUUAGGAUCACCAUACCCAUUUGUUAGAGAACUUAAAUCUGAAGAGAGGGGUUUGUAUUUGAUCCACUUAUUGCUCACUUGUGCAAAUCAUGUUGCUGCCGGCAGCCUUGAAAAUGCAAAUAUUGCCCUUGAACAAAUCUCCCAACUUGCCUCUCCUGAUGGUGAUACCAUGCAGCGUAUCGCUGCAUACUUCACUGAGGCACUUGCAGAUAGAAUCCUAAAGGCUUGGCCUGGUCUUCACAAAGCCCUCAACUCUACUAAAUUAACAUUGGUUUCUGAAGAAAUUCUUGUUCAGAAACUGUUUUUCGAGCUGUUUCCCUUCAUGAAGGUGGCAUUCGUGCUCACAAACCAGGCUAUUGUUGAAGCCAUGGAAGGGGAAAAGAUGGUUCACAUAAUUGACCUGAAUGCUGCUGAACCUGCCCAGUGGAUUGCACUUAUUCAAGUUUUGAGUGCACGGCCUGAAGGCCCACCCCAUUUGAGAAUUACUGGGGUUCAUCAACAGAGAGAAGUUUUGGAGCAAAUGGCGUUUAAACUGACCGAAGAAGCUGAAAAGCUGGAUAUCCCAUUCCAGUUCAAUCCUGUAGUUAGUAAAUUGGAUAAUCUUGAUUUUGAAAAACUUCGUGUCAAAACAGGGGAGGCUCUAGCGAUCAGUUCAGUUCUUCAAUUGCAUUCCCUGUUGGCCUCUGAUGAUGAACUCUUGAGAAAGAAAUCCCCACUAGCUCCAAAGAAUCUGAAUGGAAUUCACUUACCUGGAGUCCCGCAAAUCAACCAAAGCACAUUGGGUGAGCUGCUUGAGAAAGAUUUAGUUAAUGGGCAUAGCCGGAGUCCUGACUCAGCCACGUCAUCGCCCCAAUCUUUAAGUGCUUCAGCUAAGAUGGAUGGAUUUGUCAAUGCCUUGUGGGGCUUGACACCAAAGCUCAUGGUAAUAACAGAACAAGAUUCUAACCACAAUGGAUCAACUUUAAUGGAGAGGCUAUUGGAGGCUCUUUACUCCUAUGCAGCAUUGUUUGAUUGUUUGGAGUCUACAGUGCCAAGAACAUUGGAGAGAUUGAAGCUAGAGAAGAUGCUGUUUGGGGAGGAAAUUAAGAACAUUAUAGCAUGCGAGGGAGCUGAGAGAAAAGAAAGGCAUGAAAAGCUUGAGAAGUGGGUCCAAAGGCUUGACUUGGCUGGGUUUGGGAAUUUGCCUUUGAGCUAUUAUGGUAUGUUGCAGGCAGGGCGGUUGUUGCAAGGUUAUGGUUCUGAUGGUUAUAAGAUCAAGGAAGAGAAUGGCUGUGUGGUAAUAUGCUGGCAAGACCGAGCCUUGUUUUCAGUAUCGGCUUGGAGAUGUAGGAAGUAAGAUUUGAAAUACUGAUGUCUGAGCUUUAGUAUUUGUUGUUUCCUCUCCCACACCCCAUCCACACCCCCCCCCCCCCCCCCUUUCUUUGCGUAUGAAAGAAUUUUGAUCAUCUGCAAAUGAAUACUGUUUAGAGUGUUGAUGGCCCAUGCUCCCUGGAAAAAAAGGCCAUCUUCCUUUAUUACCUUCAUACAGAAUUUGUUUAAUUCUUCUCAUUUUAUUUUUAAUGGAACCUAAACCAAUGUUUGGAUUGUAUAUGUAUAUAAAGUUUUGUCUUGUGUUUAUUGUAAUUGAUCUCAGUGCACAUUUAUGUGCACUUGAAUUUUAGUGUCACAGCCUCAACUUUGUGCUGCAAUUGUAGUAUGGUGUUCA